AUGUUCAGCUUGUCUUGGGUACUGGCGUCAGCUCAGCACCCUCAAGGGAAGCAGGGUUUGCUAGCUUCUCUUCUAUGUAUAGCUUGCAUAGUUGUCCAAGCAUAUUGUGUAUCAGUUAGCCAUUCAAUAGUUCUUAUGCUCUCCCUCUGGAUAUCUGUGUUUGCUUUAUGUUCGAUGUUAUCCGCUUUAUACUCAAUGACUAUUACUCACAAGCCUAUGCAAAAAUUUAGUUAUGGUUUAGCUCGAGUACCAGUAUUGGCAGUGUUCAGUACAACGGUCCUCGCUCAAUUGUUUUCCAUCUUUCUCUCAAAAGAGUCGUUUGAGCACCUUUUGGCUCCAGAUCAUCAUGGUUCGCAUGAUACUAAUGCAGCUCAUGAACAUGAAGGAGAUGAUAUAGGAGCAUGGCCAUAUUAUAUCGGAGCUUUCAGUUCAAGUAUUGCUCUCCUGUUAUCAGCAUAUUCUUUGAAAAAUCAGCCAUUCCAGCACGUACUCACCUCUGCUUCUAGUUCUAGUCUCCAAGAGCAUGCUGCUGAUUUAUCUCAAGCCGUUUGUUGGCUCAUUCCAGGGCUCUCUAGAUUGUUACUUCCUCGAAUUAAUGCUAUGGUGCUCUUGGCUGGUUGCACAACUACACUUCUUUUACUCUGUGAGCACUUCAGACAUGAUUUUGCUUGGUCUGAUCCUGUAUGUUGCUUGAUACUAUCAAUCGCCGUCUUCUCAACUAUGUAUCCAUUGUCUACAUACACUGGAAUGAUCCUUCUCCAAACUGCACCACCUCAUUUACUUAAUCAGUUGGACAGAGCUAUUUCGGAAGCUUCUAUUAUCGAUGGCAUUCUUGAAAUUCGAGCUGGUCAUUUCUGGCAGCUUGAUUUUUCUCAACUGAUUGGAACGAUCGACGCCAGAGUACGAAGAGAUGCUGAUGAGCAACGAGUUCUCACUUUAGUCACGGAGAAGCUGUCAUCGAUUGUGAACGUGCUUACUGUACAAGUUGUUAAAGAUGCCUCUUCCUGGCAAGCUGUGAGUACUGCUCCCCAUGAGUCUUCCCAAUGCACGGAUCAUCACGACGCCAGUACUCACCAUGGACAUGGACAUAGCCAUGAUGAAGGAAGUCAUGGACACAGUAGUCAUGGACAUUCUCAUGAUGGAGGAAAUCAUUCCCAUGAUCACAACAAUCAUGGACACGGUUAUUCAAGCCCAGCUCCCCCAACUGCUGCUUUCAAUAUUCCUCCUCCACAACAGCCGCCAAACUCAUACGGUCACCAUGGGCAUAGCCAUGAUGAGGUCACGUAUCACUAA